AUGUCAUUUGCUGUGUACGAUCUUCAAAAUAACCGCUCCGAAGGCUCCUUCACUGUGUCUGCAUCCUACGAUAACUCGAAGCUUAGGACAAAUAAAGAGGCACCAAUAAGAAUUCGAGAGUAUCCUCCCGACGCCAAUCAUGGAAUGUACGUGCCCGGUGCAAUCCUCACUCUAUCAGGUGCUAGAAAGGAUGGAAAUGAAAGUCUAGUGAGUGUCGCCAUGCAUGGGAAUGUGCUCUUGAUCGCUCUCCCGGUUCCGGAUUUCAGUAUGCCAUUUAACGUGAUCUGUUUGGUAAUGACUACUGUCUCCCUUUGUUUCGGACCAAUUCAUAGUUUCUCUACCAAGAUCCUAAUUCCCGUCAACUCAGUUCUGCCGGGAUCAUCCCUCGCCAGGAAAGUUUUUCGCUUUUUCUUGCUCAUAUUGCUGGCAUUAGCAUCGUACGCCCAAUACAAAGAGAUGAGUCUUCAUGAGAUACGAAGGAGUAUAGAGCAGUUCUUCGAGAAGAUGAACAGCGUUUAG